AUGACGGAGGCUGUAGAAUGGUACACCAACGCGAACGCUGCUUUGCUCAAUCAUCUGACAAAGGAGAUAAAAGACACGGAUAGCAGCACUAUAUGGAGAUAUUUGGUGGGAUUUAAGAACCUUUUGCGAAGUAUAGAAUGCAAGGGCAUCGGUUCGGUGCUUGGGAUAAAUUACUUCGCUCGAGGAUAUUUACAGCCCCGAUCGCACGAAAGGUAG